AAGGGUGUGGUGUUACACCCACUUAAUUUUUUGGCUCAGGGCUUGAACAAUGAGGACUGUCUAUAAGUGGCUCCUUUUUGUUAUACUCAUAGUUGCACUGAUUUGUAGUUUUGGUGGGGUUUUCAACCAAAUCAAAUCAAAGAUCACUGAGGAUAGAAAAGAGAGAAAUAAAGGAGACAAUAGAGAGAGCCCGAGAUCAGAGUUAGGGCCCAGGAGACUGGGAGAACUUAACAGAAUAACGAAGGAUUACUGUCAUAGGUCUUCGCCAAGUGGUGAAGAAGGAAUACUAAGGGAUAACACUAAUAAUAGAUACAAACUAGUCCAGGCUCAUGCUUUAUUCCGCCAUGGCGACAGGACUUCGGAAUCCCCUCUCCUCCAGUACCUACCACCUAACGAUAUUGAGUGUGGGUUGAUGGACAGUUCUUUGGAAUGGCGCAAGCUGAGGUCUAUUAAACUAAAGCCACACCCAUCAAAAACAAUUGUCCGUAAUAACAAACUGAGGCUGUUUCGUGGCUACAAGAGUCAGCCGUGUCAAAAAGGUCACUUAACGUUCGUUGGGUUCCAGCAGCACAGCUCUCUUGGUUUGUACUUCCAGUCUCGUUAUAAAGAUCUCGUCUCUGACAAAUCCGAUAAGAUUUUUGUCCAAUCGACAGACAUGCCUAGAACCAUACACAGCUCUGCUGGGUUUUUGGUUGGAUUUUAUUCGCAGAAGAAAAAGGUCCCACAUCAAGCUGCUAUUCAUGUCUCUCGGGGUAUCCUCCUUGGUGCUCCUCCCCCUAAAGUCCAUAGGUAUUACCCCUAUUGUGAAAACCUUUACAACAUACGCAGACAGGAGUACUUAACGAGUUCGCAGUAUAGGCGAAUCAAGUGGAAUACCACUCAGACAGCAAAGAAGCUCUUAAAAGCUCUUCAUUUGAACGAGAACUUAUCGUCCUCCAUUACUGAAGUAUACGAUGCUUUUUGGCCAUUGCUCUGCCACAAAAAACCCAACCCUUGUGUUGCUUAUGCCUGCCUUAACGACUCGGUUCUUAUUGAAGGAGCUCGUUCUGCUCAUCUUCAAUAUGCUAACAAAGAUCCAAGCAAUUACUCUAUCCUUGCCUCCCAACCAUAUCUCUACCACACUGUUCUACACAGCAUGGACUCGGCUAUCACGAGUAUAUCAAAAGGAUCUGAAAAGUACAUGCGGCUGUCUCUUUCAUUCGGCCAUGAUUCCAAUAUAGCCCCACUACUUGCUACUAUCGGAUGGAAGCUGGACUAUUGGCCAUCAUAUGCUUCUAGGGUUGUCAUGGAGUUAUGGAAGGACACAAGCAAGACUCCAACUAGCGAGGAUGAUUAUUAUGUCCGCGUUUUGUUUAAUGGUAGAGUCAUUAGUGACAAGCUACCGUUUGGAGAUGAGAACCAAUUUACUGCUGGGAAGCAACUCUUGAAAUAUAACGUAUGGAAGAACUAUCUUACAACUGGACCCUAUAGAGAGAUAACUUCUUACAUUAGGCACUGUAGGACUAGUCCUCCUUGAUUUUAAUUUCAAUUGUUAUUGUUAUCACUGAAAAUAAUCACAACUUAAUUUGAAAUUUCUCU